UAGAUUUAUCAAUUUUGUAACUAAGUUAGCAUGAGGUAGAAAGGCGUUUUAUUUCGUGAUUAGUGUCGAAAGCCCAAGUAGGAGUGGAAUCUAAAUCCAAAUGUCCAAUAGAUGUGAUAAAUGUAUUUUGAAGUGACAUGUUGAAAUAUCAGCGGAGGGUUGUUACAGCAGUAUAGGGAGGAAGCAGAAAGAAAUGUUGGCGAAGGGUCAUCCAAUUCUGGCAAGUCCAUUGGGAUGGAAAUGGCGUCGUGGCCAUGAUGGGUGUAAAAAGACGUCACUGGAAACAGCGGGUGCUUACAAAUUGCAGGUGGUCAGCUUCAUUCUUUGUUGUGGUGGAACUCACCUAUUAUCCCCAUCUCAUUCUGAUUCUGAUUGGAGCUUUUCUCCUAAUCCUAAUACACCAGAUGGUGAACCUGUGACGGCAGCAAACAGCAACUGUUCUGCAGAAUCAGGUACAAAGGGAUUGACUGUGGGUUUUGAAAGACUUAAAGCAAAAAGAGUAAAAGCCCUUGGCAAGCGGAUUUCUCGGAUGAAACAAAAAAGUGCUGAUGAUGAUGAAUUGGUUGCACAGAGCCAUGACAGAGGAGUUUCAAGGGUUUCCUUAUCUAAUGAACACAGAGAGACUUGCCAAGUAACUGAGAUAGAAAAACACAAUGAGUACUCUGAUUUAUCUGCUGAUUCUAUUCAAGGGCUUGAUAAACCUCAUGAGUCUUUCCUCAAAAAUGCUGAACCAGAGAGUUCAUUUGCUAGGGGUUCUGCUGCUCAUUUACGAGGUUGGCAUGACAGGGGGACCAUUCGUAAGCCCAAAUUGAAGUCACCUGACCUUCUAAAGAAACAUCUUACAAUGCCUGUUAGGGGUGACUUUUUUAGUCAAAAAACCUUUAGAAAUUUAGGUUGCAGUGAAUACAUGAUUAAAUCUUUAAAAGAACAGCUUUUCCUGCGCCCUUCAUGUAUUCAGGCCAUGGCUUUUGGACCUGUUAUUGAGGGACACAGCUGUAUUAUAGCUGAUCAAAGUGGCUCAGGGAAGACAUUGGCAUACCUUACACCUGUGAUUCAGCGCCUUAGGGAAGAAGAACUCCAAGGAGUUAGCAAGUCAACCUCUGGUAGCCCUCGUGCAGUUAUAAUUGUACCAACCGCUGAAUUGGCGUCUCAGGUCUUGAGUAGUUGUCGGUCAUUGUCGAAAUUUGGGGUCCCAUUCCGAUCUAUGGUUGUGACGGGUGGUUUUCGGCAAAAGACUCAGCUGGAAAAUCUAGAGCAAGGUGUUGAUGUUUUAAUAGCAACACCUGGUCGUUUCAUGUUCCUAAUUAAAGGAGGCUUCCUGCAAUUAGCAAAUCUUAGAAGUGCUAUCUUUGAUGAGGUGGAUAUACUUUUUAAUGAUGAGGAUUUCAAGGUUGCAUUGCAGAGUUUGAUAGACUCUUCACCUGUCAUAACACAAUAUCUAUUUGUAACUGCAACUUUGCUAGAAAUAUACAACAAGCUGAUUGAAGUUUUUCCUGAUACUAAAGUGAUCAUGGGACCUGGCAUGCACCAUAUAAGCUCUGGUCUUGAGGAGGUUCUCGUAGAUUGCAGUGGAGAAGGGACUUUAAAAAGUCCAGAUACAGCAUUUCUUAACAAGAGGACUGCCCUUCUGAAGCUUAUGGAAGAAAGUCCAGUUUCUAAAACCAUUGUUUUCUGUAACAAGAUUGAAACAUGCAGAAAAGUUGAGAAUGUACUAAAACGUUUUGAUAGAAAAGGAACUCAUGUGCGAGUCCUACCAUUUCAUGCUGCUCUGGCACAAGAAACACGGCUUAUAAACAUGAAGGAAUUCAUCCAUUCUGAGCCUGGUGGAGAAUCCUUGAUUUUGGUUUGCACUGAUAGAGCAUCACGUGGAAUAGACUUUGCUGGUGUGGAUCAUGUUGUACUCUUUGACUUCCCUCGUGAUCCAAGCGAAUAUGUGCGCCGUGUUGGACGAACUGCCAGAGCAGGGGGAAAGGGUAAGGCAUUCAUCUUUGUUGUUGGCAAGCAAGUUCCCCUUGCACGGAGGAUCAUUGAAAGAAACCAGAAGGGUCACCCAUUACAUGAUGUGCCAGCUGCUUUUGAAAUGAUGAGUUAAAAAAAAAAGCUGAAGGAGAAAUAUUUCGCAUGAAAUAAGGGUAUGAUGUUAGGUCUGUGGGGCCGUACUAAAUUUGCAUGAACUUAGGGAGUCGUAAAUUUAUAUUUUCUUUUAGCUUGGGAGGCAUCCGUUUCUGCAAUUAUAAAAAGGUGAAGAGGCCUGUAAUUGUAAAGAAGACAGUUUACAGUUUGUUUUAUUUUAUUAUACAUAGCUUGUAAAGCAGAAUAUAUGGUUUAAACAAUGAAAAAGAGGGUUU